UGUGUGUGUGUGUGUGUGUGAUAUGAGCAGCUGCAAUAAUGAUAACGGCUAUGUAAUGAACAGAAGGAAGCAUCAUAAUCUUACAAGAGAGGAGGGGAGGAUGGACCUGCAGAGGUGAAAGUGGAUGAUUUUUGUUAGGCUUCUUCUCCUACAGCUACACCUAACCACUCGCACUCUGUUCUAACUUCGAACCUUUCAAGGUAAAAGGGAACUCUUUCUCUCACGAACACUCGCACACAAACACCGCAUUGAGCGCGUUGUCAGAGAUGACAGCAUAGAAAUUACACCCGGUAUCCUACAUGCAUACACAAAGCUGUAGCUGUGGUAAAAUAUAAAGAAAAACAGGGAGCUUGGUUCGCUUCGUUGCAUGGGGGACUCACUGCCUAUCCAAAAGGCAGAGCCAGUCCCCUGACCAACAGACUAAUUCAUUUGAAUUAGUUCAUGGAUUUAAUCAUCGCCGAUGUCACGAGAUACGUAACGGAUACGGGGAUUAAUAUUACAGGCACCGAGAGUUUACACCGCGCCCGGUGUACUGACAUUCUCUGCAACGACUCGGUAUAUGAAACCGGUGCCUCGGUAACGAGACCGACGGAGAACAUCAGUUAUUUCAGUAAGGCUAUCGUGCCAUUUCGAUAUACCAUGGUUCCGGGAUUUGAAUAGGUAGGCUAUCGUAACGAUACCCACUGGGAGUCAUUAGAACAAAAAGCACUCCUUUAAUUUUCUACGCCUGCUUCGCGGCAGCAGGUUGGGGUAAUAGCCACCACCACCAGGAUUGCACAAGUCUACAAUUCACAUGGGCGAAGGCAGGGCUCGGUUCUGCUUUGGUUGGACCCGGGCUCGCUGUCAAGAACAAGACAAAGGUGUGUCGGACCCUGGGAGGGAACCAGAAACGCGAGAGAGAUGGGCCGAACUGUUCGACCAACUGGACCUCAAUAAAGACGGUAAAGUCGACAUCAACGAGCUGAGGAUAGGACUCGCUGCCCGCGGUUUACUUCGCAGUGACGCGGAGGAGAUAGUGCGUGAGAGUGACACCAACCAUGAUGGCUUGCUGGACUUUGAGGAGUUCUCUCAGUACCUGUGGGCCCACGAGAAGGAACUGCGGCUCAUGUUCCACACACUGGACCGCAACCAUGACGGGCGCAUUGAUGUCGGGGAGAUUCAACAGUCGCUGCACAACCUGGGACUGGAGGUGUCCACAGAACACGCCAUCAAAAUACUACAGAGUAUGGACAGGGACGGCACUAUGACUAUCAACUGGAAUGAGUGGCGAGAUCACUUCCUGUUUAACCCUCUUCACAACAUAGAGGGCAUCGCCCACUACUGGAAACAUUCUCUGAUGUUUGACAUCGGAGAGCACAUGACAGUGCCUCCAGAGUUUUCCCAACAAGAGCGCCAGUCGGGGGUAGUGUGGAGGCAGCUGGUUGCCGGGGCGAUGGCAGGGGCGGUUUCACGUACAGGAACCGCCCCCCUCGACCGUCUCAAGGUCUUCCUACAGGUGCAUGGCUCCAGCUCUAGGGGGAUCAACCUGUGGACGGGGCUGAGGGGGAUGGUCCAGGAGGGGGGUGUACGAGCCCUCUGGAGGGGCAACGGCAUCAACGUUCUCAAAAUAGCCCCAGAGUCUGCCAUCAAGUUCAUGGCCUACGAACAGAUCAAGUGGUUGAUCCGGGGCAGAAAUGAAGCAGGUACUCUGCGGGUGCAGGAGAGGUUCAUCGCUGGCUCUCUGGCUGGAGCCACUGCACAAACCAUCAUCUACCCUAUGGAGGUGCUGAAGACUCGUCUGACCCUGAGGAAGACUGGCCAGUACUCUGGCAUUGUAGACUGUGCCCAUCAGAUCCUGAGGAAGGAGGGGGUGCGAGCCUUCUACAGGGGCUACGUGCCCAACACACUUGGCAUCAUACCGUAUGCUGGCAUAGACCUGGCCGUCUAUGAGACUCUGAAGAAUGCCUGGCUCCAGCGGUACAGUAAGGGCUCUGCUGACCCGGGGGUGUUGGUACUGCUGGGCUGUGGUACUGUGUCUAGUACCUGUGGACAACUGGCCUCCUACCCCCUGGCUCUCAUUAGAACACGCAUGCAGGCCCAGGCCUCCACUGAGGGCGGGCCCAAGCUGUCCAUGGUCGGUCAGUUCAAGCACAUCAUAUCACAUGACGGGGUACCUGGGCUCUACCGCGGCAUCGCCCCCAACUUCCUGAAGGUCAUUCCUGCUGUCAGCAUCUCGUACGUGGUAUACGAACACAUGAAGAAGGCUCUGGGUGUGAAAUCGUAGAGAGAGGAAGUGAGAGGCAGAAGAAAGAGAGGGAGGGAUAUAGAGUGCAGCUCUUGGAUUUCAAGAUGGAGAGGAAGACAGCAGAGGAUUGAGGGACAGAAGACAGAUAGUCCACCCUUUUCAUACACAUUCAGGAAGCUUCCCGUUUACACCUAGCUAGACAGAUAUACUCACUGUUUGAAUCUCUCUGCCCCUCAGCCCCUCAAUGAUGCUGUACCGUCAUUAAGAAAGAGGGAAGAGUCUGCUAUCAGGCUGAGCUGAUGUCUGUAAGAAACGUCUGUGUCCGAGACAGAUUAGGAGGAGGAGGUGUGAGAGCAAGAGAGAGGAAUGAGAGCGAGAGAGGAAUGAGAGCGAGAGAGAAAGUGGAAGAGAGAGAGAGAGAGAGAGAGAGAGAGAGAGAGAGAGAGAGAGAGAGAGAGAGGGAGUGUGUGUGUCUCGGCAGAAUCUGGGCCAUUCUUCCUCUUUGUUUAUGAGCUGUAAACCCCAUUAUAGUCACAUGUCCACAAUAAGUCUGCGUGUUGCCCUCCAACCAAACACAGUGAAGCACACAGUAUAGUUUGUAUACCUAUAUGUAGGCACUUAUCUAAGGUCAGUUUCAUGUUUUGUGAAUAUAAAGUGAUCUUCCUCCAAUGACCUUGACAUGUACUCUGUAUUCUCUCUUUACUACACAGCAGAAUGUGUGGGGUUGUUCCACAGUGUGCUGUUGCUAGAACACGACCAAUCCAAAGUACUAACCCCACUCUUUAUUUCAAUAUCUCAAGAGAUUAGAAUUGGAUUACAUGCACUGUUUGUCUUCAGUUGCUAUUCUCAAAAACGUACAUUCUAAUGGGGGACUUUCUAAAGUUCUUAAACGAGGAAACUUUGACAUUUACAUGAUGUACUGUAUAUUGAUACAGUAUGUAUUUUGUAAGGGAAAGAUUCUGAACACAUUUGUAAGAGAUACUUAAACAGGGUCUUAUACAGAGCUGUUCCUCCAACCUAGUCCAUGAAUGGCUUUGCACUUUUUAGAAAGGGAAUGUUUCUCCCCUAUUUCAAGUGGCUCUCAAUCAGGUCCAAAAUUAUUGGAUCCUUGAUAAAGAUGAGCAAAACAUACUAAAUAAUGCACAUUUUGACCUAUAUUGUCUGCUCCGAAAAAUGUGAACAUUAUAUAAUUUUAUACUAAGACAAUUACUCGAUUUUACUAGAUUUUGUCUAAAGAUAGAAUCCUUAAAUAACAAAGCGGUCAACCAAACACUUUUUUGGUAAAAAGCUGGGGGAAGGGCCUGGAGAAAUGUAACCACUCUCAAAUUCAUAGACAGAGCUACGGAUGUCAGGACUGACCAUCAAUGAUAUGAAAGUGAUAGUUUUAACCAUGUUUUGAGGCUCUACAUUUACAUUGUUUACAAACAUUGGAGUAAAACAAGCUUAUAUUUUGGGUUCUGAUGGGGAACGACAGUUGAACUAAGCUCAUGAGGCAUUCAUAAAUUAUAUUCUUCAAUAAUCAAUGGGUAUAUCUCAUUAAUUUAUAAGUCCAAAAAUGGAUGUAGCAACUAAGGAUUCUUGCUUUAACAAGUAAAAAAAAAACAUUUUAAAAAGGGGUCAAAUUUACUGCCACCCCUGUUUUCAUUACCUUUCAGGCACUGAGCCUUUUUCUCAAAAUGUUUUAUGAGAUUGGAGAACACAUUGGGAGGGAUCUUAGACCAUUCCUCCAUACCACUGGUUUUCAAUGGGGUUCAUGUCUGGAGACUGAGAGGGUCAUUGCAAAAUGUUGAUUUUGUGGUCAAUUAACCAUUUCUUUGUGGCUUUUGAUGUAUGCUUGGGGUUAUCGUCUUGCUGGAAUAUCCACUUGCAGCUAGGUUUCAGCCUCCUAGCAGAGGCAACCACGUUUUUGGCUAAAAUGUCCUGGUACUGGGUAGAAUUCAUGAUGUCGUUGACCUUAACAAGGGCCCCAGGACCAUUGGUAACAACAUUGCCCCAUAACAUGAAAUAUCCACCACCAUAUUUUACAGUAGGUAUGGGGUUAUUUUCUGCAUAUGCAUUCUUUCUUUCCACGCAAAAUCGAGCACUGGUGUGCAUGGCUAAAGAGUUAUAUUCUCAUGUCGUCCAUCAAAUGUAAACGCCUGUGUCACAUUCGUCAUAACGAGGAGAACAAGAUGCAGCGUGAUAAGAAUACAUUCUUCUUUAAUAAACAAAGAACACUAAACAAACCGAUCGUGACGCUGACAUGCAACUACACAUAGACAAUAAUCCACAAAACCAAAAAUGGAAAAUGGCAACCUAAAUAGGAUCCCCAAUCAGAGACAACAAUAAACAGCUGCCUCUGAUUGGGAACCAAUUCAGGCCACCAUAGACCUACAUUUACCUAGACAAACCAAAACCCUAUAGAUAUACAAAAAAACCUAGACAAGACAAAAACACACAUACCACCCUCGUCACACCCUGACCAACAUAAUAAAGAAAACAAAGAUAACUAAGGUCAGGGCGUGAUAGCCUGGAGUUUGUUAAAUGGCAUUGGCACUUGGAUUUGAACCAGUGCUAUGGUCAGAUGACUUGAAAAUAGAGAUCUUUGGCCACGCACACCAGUGGUGGGUUUUGCAUUGAAAGAAAUAUGCAUAUGCAGAAAAUAACCCCAUACCUACUUAAAAUGUGGUAGUGGGUCUUUCAUGUUAUGGGGCUAUUUUGCUUCUGCUGGUCCUGGGGGAUUCACACUUCCUGGCCUCAAAAUCAGGAUUAUUGCCAGUUAUCUUGUCCUGGUAGUUAAUAGAUCAAUAGCUCACCCACCUGGUUUCCUAGGUCUGAAUCAGUCCCUGAUUAGCAGUGGUGGAAAAAGUACCCAAUUUUCAUACUUGAGUAAAAGUAUAGUGAAAAUCACCCAGUAAAAUACUACUUGAGUAAAAGUCCAAAUGUAUUUGGUUUUAAAUAUACUUAAGUAUCAAAUUUAAAGUAUAAAUAAUUUAAAUUGCUUAUAUAAAGCAAAUCAGACGGUGUCAUUUUUCUUUUCUUUUUAAUGGAUAGCCAGGGGCAUGCUCCAACACUCAGACAUCAUUACUGAACAAAGCAUGUGCUUAGUGAGUCCACCAGAUCAGAGGCAGUAGGGAUAUUCUCUUGAUAAGUGUGUGAAUUAGACAAUUUUCCUGUCCUGCUUUUGUGUGUUAGGGAAAAUGUAUGGAGUAAAAAGUACAUCAUUUUCUUUAGGAAUGUAGUGAAGUAAAAGUUGUAAAAAAUGUAAAUAGUAAAGUAAAGUUAAGAUACCUAAAAAUACUUAAGUAGCACUUUAAAGUAUUUUUACUUAAUUACUUUACACCACUACUGAUUAGAAGGAAAGUUACCCAUCUAUGAUGGGUUCCCGUGUGGCUCAGCAGUCUAAGGCACUGCAUCUCAGUGCUAGAGGUGUUACUACAGACCCUGGUUGGAUUCCAGGCUGUAUCACAGCCAGCUGUGAUUGGGCGGUGCACAAUUGGCUCAGUGUCAUACGGGUUUGGCCGGGGUAGGCCGUCAUUGUAAAUAAGAAUUUGUUCUUAACUGUCUUGCCUAGUUAAAACUUCUUAUGGCUGCAAUCCCAUUAACGGGAUAAUAUGACAACAGCCAGUGAAACUGCAGGGCGCCAAAUUCAAAACAACAGAAAUCUCAUAAUUAAAAUUCCUCAAACAUGCAUGUAUUUUAUACCGUUUUAAAGGUAAUCUUGUUGUUAAUCCCACCACAGUGUCCGAUUUCAAAUAGGCUUGACAGCGAAAGCACCAUAAACGACUAUGUUAGGUCACCACCAAGCCACAGAAAAACACAGCCAUUUUUCUAGCCAAAGAGAGGAGUCACAAAAAGUACAUCCCUAACCUUUGAUGAUCUUCAUCAGAUGACACUCAUAGGACUUCAUGUUACACAAUACAUGUAUGAUUUGUUUGAUAAAGUUCAUAUUUAUAGAAAAAGAAUCUGAGUUUACAUUGGCGCGUUACGUUCACUAGUUCCAAAAACAUCCAGUGAUUUUGCAUAGCCACAUCGAUUCAACAGAAAUAGAUAUACCUCUCCUUGAUGCAACCGCUAUGUCAGAUUUCAAAAAAACUUUACGGAAAAAGCAAACCAUGCAAUAAUCUGAGAUGGCGCUCAGAAAAAUAAUCUAAUUAGCCGCCAUGUUGGGGUCAACAGAAACCAGAAAUCACAUUAUAAAUAUUCCCUUACCUUUGAUGAAUGCUUGAUUUAUUCGAUAAUGUCUGUUAUUUAUGUCCAAGUAGCUACUUUUGUUAGCGCGUUAGGUAUACAAAUCCAAACGCUCGUGCAGGUCGAGCAUUACUUCGGACAAAAACUUCAAAAAGUUAUAUUACAGGUCGGAGAAACAUUUCAAACUAGUAUAGAAUCAAUCAUUAGGAUGUUUUUAUCAUAAAUCUUCAAUAAAGUUCCAACCCGAGAAUUCCUUUGUGUCUAGAGUUCGAUAUCAUGUGGAAUGGCUCAUUCAGCUCUUAUUCAGCCCCACAACACAGUAGAAGCCUCAUUCAAGUUUCUAAAGACGGUUGAUAUCUAGUGGAAGCCCUAGGAAGUGCAACUUCAUUCAUAUCCCACUGUGAAUUCAAUAGGGCCUGGGUUGAAAAUCGACCAACCUCAGAUUUCUCACUUCCUGUUUGGAUUUCUUCUCAGGUUUUUGCCUGCCAUAUGAGUUCUGUUAUACUCACAGACAUCAUUCAAACAGUUUUAGAAACUUCAGAGUGUUUUCUAUCCAAUACUAAUAAGAAUAUGCAUAUAUAAGCAACUGAGACUGAGGAGCAGGCCAUUUACUCUGGGCACCUUUGGGCACCUUUCAUCCAAGCUACUCAAUACUGCCCCUGCAGCCAGAGAUUUUAAAUAAAUAAAUGUGUCAUAAUCAGGAAUUCCAUGCUCUUGGUGGAAGUGAAUGUGCUGUAGGUUAUCUCCCAGUCUGGAGUGCACGUUUAGUCCAUGUUCUGUGUAGAAUGGCUCCUGCAUCAUGUGUGGUAGUUAGAUAAAGAUCAGACCUGAAAGAAUGGGCUCAGUUUAAGGCUUGGCCAACCCAUUUUGUUGUGGAUAUUAAGAAAGUAUGUUUGUCCUCCAUGACACCAUUGUGUUGUGUAUUUAUUUAGUAGGUUUUGCACUACAGUAGUUUGUUUCCUAACUAACUAAAUCCUCACUAUAGUGUGGACCUCAUAAUAGCGUAUACUGAAAGCAGUAGGAUGAAUCGAGGUAUCUGACAGUGCCGCAAACCUUUCCAUGACACCCUAAUGCAAACAUCUACAUGUAAUUCUAUGAAAUGCACAUCAUCAUCAUUAUAAUUUAAUAGUCCAGGCACAAUUCACUUUUGCUGUAGUUUAAUAUAGGGUUAGAAUGAGAAAGUAGUUUAACCUUUAAUUCUAUGUUAAGUUAUAUGUUAAGCUAUGUUAAGUUAUAUGAUUAAUAUAAUUGUGCUACCCAUACUCUGCCCUCGUUGUAUUGGGAUACAGUAAUGGUCUCUGAUGGAUGUCAAUAGGUUUAAAUUAGAGCAGGAAAUUGAAUAAGCUGCUUAAGUGUUGUUACAUACUGAUGAGCAAAGACCAUUACAUAGAUUCUAUCAGACAUUGCUGCUGACGUAGAUUCAUAUUGAUUCAUAUGUCACACGUGUUAUUUGUCAUUUGGAAACCAAUGACUUGCUUUCCCUGAUGAGAUUUCCACCAUCAUGUCCAUCAUGACUAUUGAAAGCCAUUUAUUUGCCUAACUAACUGGUGAUUCAUUUUUAAAUAUCUUGUCUAAGCCUUUAUAUCUUUGCUGGCUCUUUGGCCAGACUUGUAUCACUUUUUAACAGGUUGGGAAAUACGUGAAAGGGAGGAGUUUUAGAUAGUAGUUCCUUGAAAUGAAAUUGAAAGGGAAAAGGGAAUGAAAAGGGUAGAUGAGAGAAGUUAUUAAGAGAUGACAGAUGAGUGAUGCAUUUACUUGAAAAAUACUGAAAGCAACUCCUGUAUUUUAGAUAAGAAAUGACUUGAGCGUAACCUCCAUAGUAAACAAAUGUAAUAUUGUUUAAAAAAAAAUAUAUGUUAUUAACAUUGCAAGCUAUGCUUGUGAAUGUUUGCUUCAUGGAGUAUUUUAAGAUCAUAUUUUCUUUCAAAAUACUUUGAAUUCUUGCUUGAAUGCUUCUUAGUGUUGGGAUGCCUUGAAUUUGCAGAAUAUGUCAUCGUAGGGCAUGAUUAGUGCAUGCUAGUAUAUUUAAAAAAACAUUAGACUCAAACUGUAUUUUAUGUCUAUAGACUGCUCUUUAGACUGCUCUUUAGAUUGCUCUUUCAUAAUAAUUAUACUUAUUAACACCCUUUAUACAACUGUACAGUCUAACCCUCUUCUUUAUAAUAUGAUAAUAUAUGCCAUUUAUAAAGGCUACUGGUGGAAAACCCUUUCCAUUCACUGACUCGUCGACAGUCAUUCCUGUUCAGUAACAUCCAUUUGUUCUCUCUCUGCACUUUACGAACAGCCAUGAAGUAAAAUUAGCCGUCACUCUGUUUUUAUUGCAUGAGUUGUAAUUGCUUAAUGACAGAUAGUCUGUCGUUGUUAAUGUUCUCUGGAGCUCUUGCUGUGAUUAAGGCUGCUGCUCCGUUCACAAGUUUGUGCUUCCUGAAUCUAUAUUAUAUUUACUUCCUCUACAAACAUAUCAAAUAUUUGCUGGAUAUAUGUUUUGAAUAUAACUGCUACCACCCCCUACCACCCCCUACCUGCCUUUUUAUUCUAAGUAAUAAUAUUCACUAUCUAAUCGUCGUCUUCAUAACAGACAUCGAUGCGGGCGUAGAUUGUAUCAAGAAGUAAAAAAUGGGAGACUAGCGAAAGCACUUUUCUUUUUCUUUUUUCAUUGCUUGAUAUUUUGAGGGCUACUGUAUUGUAUAGAAAUCAGGGGGUUGUUGGUUCUGUCUGGUAUGAAACCAGCAACUCCCAUGCUGGGCAUGUACACUACUGUAGCUGCAGUGCCAAGAGGACUAGCCCUCUUGGCAGUGGCCGUAGUAUGUGUAUCUCAGGGUUGCUACAAUGUGUUUAUUGAAUUCUGCGUUACAUAUACUCUACAAGUAUUAUGAUCAGUAUUAUUCCUAAAAUGAUCUAUUGUGUAUGUGUAGAAAAUGAUACAGAACUGUAGUUGUUGUCUAUAGAAAUGCAUAGCCAUGGCAUGGUUGCUCGCAUGGCACUUUUAUUUUCAAGGAAAUUGCUAUUUACCUUGUCUGGUGAAUGUGGUGGAUUGGGUUGGCCCAAAUGGUAUAUCUACAAAUAAAUACAUAAUUUCAGGAUUUUAUUGCAUGAGGUGAUGCCUGUGCAUCUCUGACUGUAUAUCUGCAUUAUAUGCCAAUAAGAUGUACAUACUCUUACAGGUACAGAUACUGUAAUUCUGAAAUUGCUACAAAUAAAGCUAUUUUCAAGUCA